AUGGAACACAACAGCUUCCGAUCUUGCACUGUAGGAGACAACGACAAGAGGCUCCUCUCCCCUGAAGCACUGUGGGUGUGUUUAGAGCAUGCCCAGCAGGCCGCCCUCAAUCACAAAGCCCUCUUCUUCCACAGUCCGAGACUGCCAGCUGUUAGGAUCAUGAAAGGGGGCUCUGGGAGCGCACAGGACAGUAGCUUCCUCCAGCCCUCGUCCGAGCCGUUCUUAGAUGAUCUGGAGCAGGACAUGGUCUCCCAGCACAUGUCAAAACUGUACGAGAAAUACAACAGGGAAAACCGCCUCAGAGAGGGAAACACCGUCAGGAGCUUCAGAGCAAGCCAAGACUUGUCUGACCACAGGACGCUGUACCGACUAAACCUCACAACCCUCCAGGACUCAGAGGUCAUCCUUUCUGCCACAUUCCACUUCCUGCUCCAUCGGCGCCCUCAUCAAAAACCCUGGUUCUGCAAACGCUUCAAACGCCCAUCCUGUCGUUCCUCAGCCGUCCACCCUUCUCCGUCCAUCAGCCUGCUCCUUCGCUCUGUCUCAUCUGGGUCAGAGGUCAGAUCUGGGUCAAUGGGGUCACUUCUAGGCAAUAUGACCUUCCACCCCCACAGGAGAGGGGUGUGGCAGAUGAAAGAUGUGACCCAGGUCAUAAAGGAGGCAUGGGACAAAGGUCAUCUCCUGGUGUCAGUGGAGUUGGACUUAGGGCAGCAGUACCAGAGGAAACCAGAGGGGGCGCUGUCUGAUGGCAGCCUGCCCUACCUGUUACUGUAUGCUAAAGACCAAGCCUUGGCAGAGCCCAACAGCGUGGCUGCAAGCCUUCAGAGAUAUGACCCGAUCAACGAGGGACAAGAGCCCUCACAUUCCUCCAACAGACCUAACUCCUCACCAGAGUCGAAAGGGCGCAAGAAAAGGGAAGCAACGCUGCUCUCAGACCCCAUUCAGAACAAUGAGCUGCCUGAGGUCGACUACAUGCCUGAUGGGUACAGGAAGGAUCACCUUUGGGAGAGCACUUGGUACCUGGCACUCAAACCUAAAUUAGGAAGGAAGGAAAAGAAGAGAAAGAGCCAGGAGGAAGGAUCGCCUGUUCUGAGUUUUGAUGAACAAACGAUGCGUAAGGCCAGAAGGAGGCAGUGGGGCGACACCCAGCACAGAGGCUGCUCCAGGAGGAACCUCAGAGUGGAUUUUGCAGACAUUGGCUGGAGCGAAUGGGUCAUAGCACCCAAGGCCUUUGAUGCCUACUACUGCGCUGGCACAUGUGGAUUCCCAAUGCCCAAGGUGGCGAGGCCGUCAAACCACGCCACCAUCCAGAGCAUAGUCCGUGCCGUUGGGAUCAUCCCCGGUGUUCCUGAGCCCUGCUGUGUCCCAGAAAAGAUGAGUCCUCUGGCUGUGCUCUACCAGGACGAAUCCAGGAACCCGGUGCUCAAGGUCUACCCCAAUAUGUCCGUCCAGUCCUGCUCCUGCAGAUAGGAAGGGGAGGGCAACGAGGGCAGAGGACAAAACAGGGUGGAUGUGCAGAGAAACAGAAAACAGGACUAAUGGAGACAGAACCCUACCUCUGU